CCAACAGAUCAUAGGCGCGAUUCAGAACUCAGCACUUCGUCAGUAGUUGGAAAGAUAGAAAAGCAACUUAAUAUCCAAUCUCAGGAAAUUAUUGAUGAAGAAAUGCCGGAUGCAAGUAAUGAGGAGAUAUAG